UAUUAGUAAACAGCAUUCCUUCGGCAUUCUUCGAUUGAACUAGGAGAGUUUUUUCUUUCAAAUUUGAAAAUUUCAAUGUGAAAACGUGGUCACCUUUUUGAGCUUUUCAGUUUCCAAUUACUGGUGUCUGAAUUUCCAUUACCUAUAUUUUCAUUGUGUCAUUAAUUUUAAUAGCUACUACAAAGACAGCUCCUAGAGAUUGAAACAUAUAUUUAAAAAAUAGAGGAAUAACGACAAGUUUAGCAUCCAACAUCUGCAUUUAAGUUUUAAGACUUCCUGGCAAAAACUAAAAAGACAAGAAAUCAAUUUAAAACCCCCGCUAUUCAAUCCCGUUCUUUCGUACGAAUAAUUUUACGCGAAUCACGUUCAAAUGAAGUUCGUCCAGUUUACCUAUCCCCAUUGAUCUUUUGUCAUUCUUUUUAUAGCAUGAAAUCCAUUUCCCCCUGUUCAUAACCUGAGUGGAUGAGAAAAUAUGUAUUCCAACGGUAAAUGGCACGAUAUCAGAACGAACGACUGGGAUCAAUUCAAUGGCUGUCACGAAAGAGGACACAAUAGCUAACUUGAGAAUUUGAGGUAUUUAAGUAAUGCCAACAUCCUGAGCGUCCUGUAGUUGCGAUCCACAAGUCAAUGAGGUAGUCAGAGAACCUCGAAACCCUUUCGCGAUGAAGCUACAUCAAUUUUUUACAACGUCACUACUUAUGGGUGUCCUUACGCUCCGGGUGGAUGCCGCAAAAAUACAUAGCAAAGUUCGCCGAUCGGCCCUAUCGCUGCCUUCCGGUAGUUCGCUCUCGGUCACGAUGGAUUUGAUUAUUCCAGUCGUUCCGUUAAUCAACACAACUCUGACUUACCUAUGGUUCGACCUUCCACUUACGUUCGAUCUACCAACCGCCAGCACGUUGAAUGAGCUUUACGUCAGUUUAGGCCUUUUAUCCAAAGCAUCGAACGAUGACGACGAUUCCGACACUUCGAACGAGCUGAGCCACGACUUCGUGGAGGAUCAGAGAGCUAACCACGAUCGAAGACAGGUGUAUCAAUAUGCAGAAAGUUUCUUCCAAAACUUUGGACUCAACGGACAAGUCUGCGUGAAGCGAGCCAUUUGCGAGCUGGCUGAAGCGCCAUUAGGCAGCCACGGUCUGUUUGGCAAAAUUUUCGAGCUUUUAUUUCUGCCGUCGACUACGAGGGAAAUCGAGCCGCAACUCAAUGGAAGUCCGGUCAAUGUCACCUCACUGCCAGUUGAACUUCAUUAUUUGGGGCAAUCGAUUGAAGACAGCUACACCGACGCCUACCUGAAAGGCAGAAAAACAGGCGGAUGUUCAAUUCAUUUCUCUGCUUGUCCCAUAUCCAUUUUUAAACUGCUUGACUAUUGAUAACUCCCGUCUACAGUUUGAACCGUUACCUAAAGUUCCUAUUUCAAUGCCUCUAUUUCUGUUGGUUAUUAUUUUAUUUAAAGACGAAUCGUCCAAUAAAUAUCUCGUUUAAAGUUCA